AUUAUGGUAAUAUCGCGCCGGGAGAUGAAAGCGCACAAUGGUGGAAUUACUGUUCCAAAAGUUCUCUCACGAUUCUCUGGGAAAAGAGCAUGGUGGUGUGACGUGGUGGGUAUUUUCCCUCGAGAGCACUCAGUUUUACCGCCGAUCGACCGGAAAAGCCCCCAGAUUGCCAAUCAAAGCUGCCGAAAGCGCACCGUGUCCGUUUCGAGCUCUCUUCUCUGGAACAAUCCCGGGUCGCAGAAGACUGUAAUAGUAGAAGAUGACGAUCUGUGAUCCCAUCGUCUCUCGGAAUAGCUCGCCCCUCAACCCACCUGUCUGGGUCACCUGGAUCUCGUAUUACAUUACAUUAUAUAUCUUUACCUUGAUAGGCUGUCUCCGAGGCGAUCGCUUCUAGUCGUUGAGAUAUAUCAUAGGCUCACCCCGAUGUAUUUUGUUGGCCCUGGAGUUGUUUCGGAAUGGAAUCGUGAGUUUGUCUGGAAUAUGUGUAGCAAGUGAAUCUGGGUUUUGGGGUUGUAGUCCUUGGGGCUUAAUUGCUCUGAAAUUAAGGAAGUGAAUGGUGAUUUUGGUGAGGAGGGGUCAGUAUUUUGUUUGUGGUUGCUGUUGGAAUUGUGGUCAGCGACUGCGGCUAGUGGCUCUGUUUCCAAGUCUUUGAUUAGCUCUUUGAGGUUUUAGACGAUCUCAGAUGAUUUUUGGGUGCUUCAUUGGAUUGGGGGACUUUCGUGUGCUUGUGUUAGCGGACUUGGUGUGCAGCGAUUCUCAGAGGUUGGACAAGGGUAGGUGUGAUUAGUUGUGAUCUUCCACGGUUGAUUCUGGAUUACUGUCUGUGUCGCUAAUGCGCAUGUUUACGCCGAUUGCGAGGGCAUGGGUGAUGUGUGGGGCGAUUAGGAGGCAGUCGUGCAAGGUGGGUGCAUGCAGUCGUCAGAAAUAAUGAUGAAGUUUGUGGGCGCUCAAUGAGGAAGUCGAAAUAGCCCAUGUUUUAGGUUUGAGUGAUUUGAUAUUGUUUGUAAGCUUUGCGUGAGUGAGUAGGGAGAGUGCCAUUGAAUGUGGUGGAGAACUUGAAGAUGAAGUUUUCAUUUAGAAGGCGGAAAUCUUCAACGAAAUCCAAGUCUGAGAGCCAGCAUGGGGCAACUGGGGUGUCGGGAGUGAAGGCACGGAUCCAGCUGCGGCUUCUGUCCCAGUUGAAAUGGGAGGCGUACUGCCCGAAGAAAUUGAAGGGAGAGAAGCCUGGGAAAGGGGCGGGUAGACAGGAGCCACUCGCAGUCGCAAAGGAUUUGUGGUCGGGCUUGGAUACAUUUCAAGGAUGCACGGACUUUCUGCAGUCGAGUGGGUUGAACACCCGUGCCCUAAGGCAUGCGGCCCGAAUGGUCGACCAUUUCAAAAGUUCGUAUCAAAUAGAAGACUCCUCUUUAUCUAAUGAAUUCCGAAUUGCGGCGUGUAAGGAAACUUUGCGACAAAUUGCGAAGUCUUUGGUUGAUCAGACUCUGGCCAGCAACCCGAGGCUCGAAUCUUAUUGCAUUGGCAACGAAGAGAACAUGAGCCAACUUCGGAGUGCUUGCGAGACAUGGGUGCUGGGUUCCGUGUAUGAGAAAGUCCUGGGCGCAUGUAAGCUCAUGUUUGGUCAGAGUGACAAAAUUUUGGACUACAAUCUCGCUCGACUAGAUAAGGUAGACCCAAUUGUUCUCGGCGUUCGGUCUGAGUUUAAGGAUUUCGUGCUUGGGGAGGCACUAUUGCAGUUUAGGAUGAUUAACAGGGGCCGCACGCCUUUGGAAAAGGCUAUUUGCCUCCAGAAGACUAUCAAUUGUAUAAUUGAAGGUAUUCAGACUGUAAUAUCUUCCUGCAGCGGCACGACAGCCGAGAAGGAUGGUUUGCUUCCCUGCACAGAUGACCUGCUCUCCUUCAUGUUGCUUCUCAUGGCUCGGUCUCGGGUGAAGAAUCUGCAAGCCAACGCUUGCUACAUGGACAAUUUUCUCUCUCUGCAAGCGGAGAACGAACAAAGCGGAGAGCUUGCUUACCACGUCACUAAUUUUAUGGCUGCUUGCAAUUAUCUUAAUUCAUUAGAAGUUGAGAAGCUUGUUGCAUCUGUUUCAGCACCUUCCACUGCAGAGAAAAUCCCCGCAUCGUUGAAGUCGCCGAGAUCUGUGGCUUCCUCACCUGUUAGAGUCGCCCCUAUUUACAGCACAUCGCAUAGUUUCGAACCUGACGUCCACAGCAUGAAUGGAGAGAUCUUCAUUGUGGAUAUGUUUGAUGGUCGAGUAUCUGGUCGCCACAUGAGUCAAUCGGAGAUGGAGUUACGUAGCAUCUCGGAAAAAUGCCUCGGGCAGAGUGGUUUGCGAGAGAGCUCAAAAUCAAGAGGUGGCAGUCUACAUGUGCCAUUUCCAUGAGGUUCCCCCGAAUUUUUUCUUGCCUCCACAUGUUAGUGACAUCUGAGAAUUACAACAAAUCCAUGUACAAUAGCAAACUGGCUGAUCAAGCUGAAAACUGAAUCGUCUCCUACAUUUUUUCACCAAAGUGUGGCAUCUAUUGAAAUGUGAAUGUUCGUCUCUCCAUUUGUUUGAACUACAUGAUGGAUUUUUUAUGGAUUAGCAGCAAAGGUGGAAUUCCUAUUUCCAAUGUAGUCGAAGUAGUGUUUGCUCUCUAGCUCAUUUUCGAGUGUAGAUUGAUUUGGUGAGGAGAACCAUGAAGUGCUGACAUAGAGUUCGGGAAUAUACGACAUGUGUUUAUGACCAACACGGUUUUCCUGCGGAUGUCUCUUGAUUGUGAAUGUCGGUGCUGUGGUGAUCCGUUGGCCAGUGUUUGUCCCCUGUAAAGAUUGCCCUCAAUGGGGUUGAUCUCGUGUUUGAGUCGGUGGACAGGACGUCGGCUUAGGCAUUCUUUCCCACCACAUUGCGUUGAUCGGUCCACACCAUGAACCUUAGAAGCUUUAGCGUUUGGGGUAUUUUAAUCCGUUCGUAAUUCGCGUGAAACUCAACGAUUCGCUACACGUCUGGUGCAAAGGUGCUGAAGAUUUACUCCACACAUUUAGGUGAAAUUUUGUGCAUGGUUGUGUAGAGCCUCACCGAAUGGGAAUUUGCAGAGAUGAGUUUCCAGAUACGCAAAUGCGUUCAAUUCUUGAGAAGCCGGCUCAAUCCCAGUGGUCGUGGUGCUUUUCUUUGGAGCUUGUUGUGGAAUCUUCAGACGUAAAGGCCCCUUCUGGAUUGUCUCCGCAUAUUGUGGAUGUUCUUGAGGUGCUCGUUCUGACCAAACGUUUGCUACGAACUGUGUCGAGAUUCAGAGCUCUAUUCCUUUCUCUUCCUUUUUCCAAACCUUUCAAACUUAUCUUAUCUAGGAUAAAGAUUCUGUUAUUUUGUCCGAUAUCGACCUAUAUAUCAAAGCAAAUAUGGACAGGAUGCGAGCGUCAUUUAUGGUGGCAGUUGGGUCUACAUUAGUUUCAGCUGGUCUCUCUCUUGCUUAUGUCCAUUACGGGAUCCCCCACAAACCGCACCCAUCGUCACAGCCUUCGCAUCCGUCCACUCCCCUUCCUGACUCGCCAUUAUCAUCCGAACUUCCCUCAAACCCUUAUUCUAAUUUCAACAAGCAGCACCAUGAGGUCACGUCCCGAUGUGACUAUGGACCUCUUUGGGAAUGCAUUGUUAACGGCAAUGGAGGCUGCGAGGAUUUAGAAGAGGAUUUACGUGAUUGUUUGAAGAGAGCUGAAACUAUUCUUGACAAAGCCAGCCAUUCUAGGAGUCUUUGAUUGGUCGUCUCACCAACUCCUCAGGCAGUUUUCCUUCAGGGAUCUCUGGCGAAAACUUGGCAUUCUGGUAGCUGCAGCCAGUUGUGAACCUCGAGAUCUAGACGAAGACUGUAUAGAACUUUUAAGCAACAAUCUUCACCGACGGCAGUGUGCUCCCUCGCGAAUUCUCGGAGGUUAGGUUUCACUUUGCUUCCUGAUGAAGUCGCAAGAAAAGUUCAAGUAAUGAUUAAUGAUUGGUGGAGAAGUAGAGGCUGCUCAAGGACGCUGCCUUUUCUCUUGGACGGAGGUUGCAAUCAUCGUGUCAUGAGAGCUCCGCACUGAGUACACCAGUAAGCAAAUACUCUACUUGCUCAUUGACUUUCAUCUAUGACGAAGGUCGCAUGCUCAAACAUGCUCCAGGUGACGAUAUCGCUAUCACAAGUGUACGAUAUGGAAAUUCUUUGCAAGAUGUCAACCUGCAAAGGCGGAACCAAGUACUGUAUAAGAUUGUAUUUCAGAAACCAUCAAAAGUUACGUUCACAAUAAUCUGGACGCUGUUGCUGAAAGUAGAAUUGAAUCCACUUAUGGUUCACAGAUUGUGGAGCUGCUUCUGAACAUCGUUUAGACCUCAGGUAGAGUGUGGAAAGUUGGGUUCAUUAGGCUUCAUUUGUACUAAACGGAUCAACUGCCUGUUCGUAAUGCUGAUUCAAUGUUUGCUUUUCACGGUUCA